AAGGUGUAAAGAAAUGUUUUUAGUGAAAUGAGUAUGAGUUUCGUUGCAGGUUAGACGAGUGCUGGAUGACUUGGAAUUGAAUGAGAACGAUGUGCGCAGCAACUGCCAGGGAAUCCAGCCAACCAACUGGACAAAGAGAACACAAGCUUGUCAUGGUGGGACUGGACAACGCCGACAAGACGACCAUUCUGUACCAGUUUCUGAUGAACGAGGUGGUUCACACGAGCGAUCGGAUCGAACGUGGAAGAGAUCGUGUGGAAGAAUAUCCACUUUUUGGUGUGGGACCUCGGCGGGCAGCAAAGCUUCGGGCCGCAUGGAGCAUCUACUACACAAACACAGAGGUGGGUAGGCGCCCAGACCUGCCCUAAGGACGAUGGACGAUGCAACGGAGUGUACCAACGGAGCACAAACCGCUUCUGACACCAAACUCAUCUUUUUCAUCGGAUUCGCAAACAUCGUCGAUUGCCAGAGCGUUGUUGCUUCGCUGAUACACAGCAUCCGGACGCACCACUUAACCAAUAGAUUGUAAUG